ACUGAUAAUAGGUGGAGACAUAAAAGUCUACAAGAGAAUACUAUUUUGUCAUUCCAUUCGGCUACAGCGCUCAGAAAAUGGCAAUUGUUUAUCCACAGGGUGUCCUGCUAUUAUUUCUGUUAAUAGACAUAUCAGCGAGCAGAGAUGGCUCACCAGGAAUCGAGACUGUGAUUACUUCUCAAGAAGAAGAUGUAGUUCUCCCUUGUGCAGAUUCAUGGAGCGAAAUGGAUCGAAGGAGUUGCAUUCGAGUCAGGUUGAUUAAAUAUGCCACAGAUGGAAGUCAGAUGAAGGUUAUCUUAACCCGGCCUAAAACACAUAAAUUCCAGGACGCUGAACGUGUAAAAUGGCAAGAUGAUGGAAAUGGACAAAUGUCUCUUUUUCUGACAAAAUCACAAAAAUCUGAUGAGGGAGUGUACGGAUGUGAAAUCUGGUGUGACUGGGAUUUUAUUAGUGUCAAAAAUGUAUCUUUAAAAGUAAAAGACUGCAAAGCCCUUCUGCCAGUGAAGGCAGCGCCGAGCACACCCGCUAACCUGAACUGCCCAGUGGACAUAACAUCAGGACAACAAGGACCCCAAAACAUCUCCUGGGCAAUGAUGAAAGGAGGCAGCCCUGCAGCUGUAAACUUUAAAAGGGUUGAAAUGAAUGGGACUUCAUUAGCUAUCCAGUCUGUGAAUAACGAUGACAGUAGUUGGUACAGAUGUAAUUACACGCUUGGACAAACUCACCGCUGCUUCGACAUUAAACUACUGGUCCAAGAAGUGGAACAUGCUGUUGUGGCCACAACAGCUCAAGAAAUGACUACCAGUGAGAAUAUUUUGAAAGGCAAGAAGGAGGGGAGUAGUGGAUCAUUUAUGGUAGUUGUUGUGACUUCAGUCCUUGUUGGGAUUGCCAUAAUGGCUGCACUGAUAGGAGUGUUCAUUUACCGCAGACGUAACACCCAGAGAGUUAUACAACAAACCCUGAGGCACCCAGCAGUUACUCUUACAGAGUCCAGUGCUGGUUAUGAGAUUGUGAAUUUUACGCUUUCAGAGGGUGAGCACCAUGUUAUUCUACUAUGUAAUGGCCACUAUGAUCUCUCCUUCUCUGUUCACCACUUCACUGACAACUUUGUAUCACUAUCUCACAGAUCGUACAAACCAUCGAGUCAACAGUUUAUACCAACAACUCCCGGACGAAGGCAUGUGUACUUUCCAGCAUUAGUAAAGUUCUGCUCAACACAAAGAAGACAAUUGUUCUCGUGAAAUUAUAGUUAAAUCUGGAUUUCCUGCUUACAUUUAUGCAUCAUGUAAAAACAUGUAACAUCUACUCAUAUGUAAAGUCUUUGUCUUGCAAAGAGUAAAAAUAUGGAGCAACAUGCUAGCUCCUGUUUUUACCCCUGUUGAAAAGACCCUGUUUGUGUUAAUAUAUCUAAUCAUCUGUAUUAUUUAA